AUGUCGCUCCCCCAAAACACCACUGUACUCAUCGUUGGAGCUGGCCCAACUGGUCUGGCGAGUGCCUUGUCCCUUAUCCAUCACGGGUUCAAGGACUUCGUCAUUGUAGAUGCUGUCGUUGAAGGGGACAACAGUUCCCGUGCUAUUGUUGUCCAUGCUGCCACCUUGGAAGCUCUAGACAUGAUAGGCUGUGGAGAUGAGUUAGUUUCCAAAGGCACAAAGAUGACGAGCGUGAACUUUGACACUCAAACAGGAGCGCUUUCCCGCCUUCCGUUUGACUCACUGGAACCAUACACUCGUCAUCCUUAUGCACUCGUUAUCCCACAGACAUUCACGGAGUAUGUCUUGGGACAAAAGGCAGCCGACCUUGGUAUCACUGUGCACCGUCCACACAAAGUUGUGGGUAUGAAGGUAAGCGCGGUUGAUACCGACCUCGCAGACAUCACGUUCGAGGAUGGACAGGUCGUUACGACCAGAUACGUCAUUGCUGCGGAUGGCGCACGUUCAACGAUUCGCACCAUUGCGGGUAUUGGCUUCGUGGAUCCGAAGGAUAGCCCGGAGCAUGACUCCACUACACUUGUGCAGCUUGUUCCGGCAGAUGUCACCUUUGACAACCCGAAGUUAAACAUCUCCAAUUUGAGUGGCGUGAUGUCCGCGAACACUUACUUCUUUUCUGUUCCCCUUCCUUUCACAUUCAACGAAUACCUUUCUAGGAAAACCGGCAAAUUUAUUGAGGAUAGAAUAGUCAGGAUAGCGUGUGGGGUUCCAGUAGGAGAGGGGCCCGUUCCACAAGCACCGUCCAAGGCAUACAUACAGAACCUCAUCGACAAAUUCGAUCCCUUAUAUCUGUCGUCGGACCCCUCUGCCAAUCCAAGUGGAAAAGGUGUCUGCAUAAAGGAAGUCAUUUGGUCUUCCCGUGAGCUGCUAUCCUCCUCGUUGGCGACUGCCGCCCAUAUCCAUUCUCCUGUUGGGGGGCAAGGCAUGAACCUCGGUCUUCGAGACGCAGUCUUCCUCGGAGAGGUGCUCGCGAAGCACGUCAAAGUGACGGAGUCCAAACCUCUAUCGGAAGCCGACCAGAUCCUGACUGACUUCGCUGCGGAGCGACGCACCCGCGCACUCAAAGUCAUCGGGUUCACAAAGAGCCUUCUUUCAGUUGGUGGGACAAAAGACGCGGUCGUCGCAUGGUGGUUACCUAUCAGUAAGGUGACUUUACGGGACUGGGUACUAUGGAUGGUAGGAAAGGUGUACUACCUGCAAAGGCGAGUUAUGUGGAACUUCAGUGGGUUGGGCCGUAGAUAA